AUGAAUCCAAUUCUUUUCACAACAGUUGCCUUUGAUCCAUGGAACAAAUUCUAUGGGAAUGAAGAAAAAACCAUAUACAAAGAGCCCUCUUUUUUAUAUGUAGACAAAAAGAACCAAAAAUAUUUUGUCACAUGUACUAAUUUCAAAAAUUUAUCACCAAAUGGAACAAUAAGAUUUUCUCAGGUCGACGCAGAUACAAAGCUUCUUGUAUACAUGUGUACCUUCUUUUCCUGUAUUGCUUCUGAUCAAUAUGGAGCUGCAAUAUAUCUAUUUAAUGAUGGAAGCGUUGUUCAGAUUAUGAAUUAUAUAACUCAGUGCCAGGUGAAAGGUAGUUAUUAUGGACAUCAUUGCUAUGUUUCUCCAUCUGAUACUGCAUCAAGUAAUAAUUUUAUUAAAUGUACUUCGAUUGCACAAUGCGGACAAUAUAAUCAAGGUCAAAAUACUCUAAAUUUAGAAGAUGGCGCCAUAAUUAUUAAGGGAGUAAAUAUAUCAAAGAUAAAUGCCAUUUCAGGAGCUGCAUUAUCAAUUAACUCUCCUGAUACUAAUCCUAAAAUUAGAUUUUGCAAUUUUGCAGAUAAUACAAAUUCAGAUGGAUAUCUUAUUAGGACACAAAGAAACCGGGAAACUUAUAUUCUAAAAACAAAUAUUAUCAAUAAUAAUUGUCAGGGUAAUGUUGUUAUUCAAGAAAUUAACGGCGUCAUUAAUGUUGAUAAAUGUGCAGUCAUAAAUAAUCAAAAACAAUAUAAUUUUCAGGUAAUAGAUGAUGGCUCCAUUAUUGUUUCAAAUUCAUAUCAUGAUGGAAUUUAUGGUGCCAGUGAUAAUGGAGGCAAUUUAGAAACAACAAUGACCCAACAAAUAAAUACUUCGUUUUGUUUAGACUACAAAACAAUCGAUAAUUCAAUUCGAGAAACCCAUGUUAUACAUCCAAGAAAAACCAUUUUAAGAAGAAGAUAA